UCCGACCCCUGCUGCGGACGCGGGGCGCCUGGUGAGUCAUGGCGAGCUCGGGCUGCGAGGACCUGCGGGGCCAGGAGGAGGAGGAGAGCUUUCUGUACUUCGCCUAUGGCAGCAACCUGCUGACCGAGCGGAUCCAACUCCGAAACCCCUCGGCCGCGUUCUGCUGCGUGGCCCGCCUGCAGGAUUUUAAGCUUGACUUUGGCAAUUUCCAAGGCAAAACAAGUGAAACUUGGCAUGGAGGUAUAGCCACCAUUUUUCAAAGUCCUGGCGAUGAAGUGUGGGGAGUAGUAUGGAAAAUGAACAAAAGCAAUUUAAGUUCUCUGGAUAAGCAAGAAGGGGUUAAUAGUGGAACAUAUGCCCCAAUGGAAAUUAAUGUUUACACUCAAGAAGGAAAAAAAAUAACCUGUCGAAGUUACCAGAUGAGAGAUUAUGAGAGCGCUCCCCCUUCACCCCAGUAUAAAAAGGUCAUUUGCAUGGGCGCCAAAGAGAAUGGUUUGCCCCUGGAGUAUCAAAAGAAGUUAAAUGCAAUAGAGCCAAAUGACUACAGAGGAAGGGUCUCGGAAGAAAUUGAAGACAUUAUCAAAAGCAAGGAAACAAACACUCAUUAGAACAUAAUAGACUAUACCUAUGGAUAUUUUCUCUAUGUGCUCAUUUAAUAUAUUUUUAAUAUUUGGAACAGGGAUCUGGGAUAUCUCUACGUUUAAUAUAUUUUCAACAGUGCUCUGAGGGGAUAUCUCUGAGUGGUUCCUUGUUUUUGGACUAUAAAAAGAAACUGGGUUAGGAGUUAGGCAGUUGCAAAGGGGACCAUGAGGCACUGGAAUGCAUGGUAAAUGGAUGUGGGUCUUUCUGUGAACACUUUUCUGUGAAGUUAUUUUCUUGAGUGGAUCUGAAGUGUAUUCUUGCUCUGUGACAAAGGAUAGAUUUGCAACUUAAUGACGGUGCUGGUGAAUCGCUCUGCUCUGGAAAUGUUUUUGGUUUAUCAGCUUCAUAAGAGCAAGCAAGCUGCAAAGACAGUUGAUAAUAAAUUUUUUUUUUAAUUUAAAAGCUGCCACACUCUUCCUCAAGGAAUACAUGUAUGUGUGAUUUAUCCUACAUUCCCCACUAAAGUACUACAUUUCAUUUUGUUAGAGAUUCCAAUCAUCACACAUAGUAGGUCUGCCCUUGGCCAUAUGCAGUCUCUGUGGUUAGAGGAUUAUUGCACAGACUCUGGAACCAGACACCACUCUCCAGCUGGGAGACCCUGUGCCUCGAUUUCCUUGCCUGUAGAGUGGGGACAGCCAAAACACAUGUUUAGGAUUGUUUUGAGGAGUAAAUAUAUGUAAUGAGCUUAAAUAGAACCUGGCAUAUAAUAAGUAUUAGCAUCAUUCUGGUUCUUAUUGAAGAAUUAAGCUUGUACAGGGCCACCCUUGGAAUGAGAUUUUAAAGUAGAAGAAGCAAGAUCAGGAGGAAAAAGUGUUUUCUCGAAGAUACAAUUAAUUCUUGGCUUAGAAAGAAAUGGUCACCUUCUUAACAUUUAUUAACUGAAUAAAUGGAGAAAGAAGAGUCAUGAAUAAAGCAAUCCUGGUUAUAAAAA